AUGGCUUCGGAGCUCGAGGGCUUGAUCGCGGCGCUCUUGCUGCUCAUCUCCUGCGGCGGAGAGCAGGGAUGUUCUGUGAGCGACCUUGUUGAUGCCAUCCAUAAUCCUUCCGGAUCUCAGCACGCUGCUCCUGGCCAACCUGAACAUCAUCCACCCCUUCAAAAUGAAGAAUCUGGCUUCCGCCAGCGCACUGCCUCCACCAUCUGGAAAUGGCUGGCAGCAAGGAGGGACGUAUCCAUCGGUCCCGAGAGGAACUACAACCACCUGUCUUUGGACGAGGUGUUGGCUCUGUCACAACCUCCAUCACCAGUAGACGAAGAAGAUGCCGCCUCUCCGGGAACAACCAAUCCCCAGAAAGCUGGAGACCAUGUUAGGGUGUACGCCUCUGAGGAAACCAUGUGGGAAUCGCUUACAGGCCAUGCCAUCGACUACAAGCGAGUCCCCAGAUCUGAGUGGCUCUUGUUGCUUGGAAUCGCCUCUACGACUAUGCAUGGAAUUCUGCAAGGCGAUCUCGGUCGACUCGUUGACCAAGAUAAGCGAUCAGUCCCUAAACGGACGGACGCCUUGCUGAAAAAGCGAUACAUUGUGAAGAGAACCACCCUCGUUCGAGGCACUAAGACAAGCAAGAUGUGGCUCAAACUGUUUGCUCCACCACUACCCAAGGACGGAGAUGCCAUCGAUGAGCCGCGCGCAGAGAUGAACCUUUCCCGUCAAGUUCUGGCUGCGAACCUCGAUCCGGUCCCAUGGCACGUCCGAUGGACCGGUGAAUCUGUCGAUUACACGGCGCUGGCCACCACAAUCCAGGCCGUUUCCAAGGAAUGGGGUGUGUUGCGGAUGCUGGACCUCAAGUCCAAACUCGGAGUAUUGGGAAUGCGUUGGCAGAUGAAGGUCUUGGCCAAAGUUUGCCGAUUUCUUAACUCUCGAGGAGUCAUCCAGUAUGUCGCCGCUAAGCUCGGUGACAAAGUGUUCAAGGAUUGUAUCAAGUAUGGCCGAGAUCUCAACGCCGAAGAUUGGUCUAUAUACCUUGCCACGGGGAAGCGCACAACAAAGCCUUCAAGAAACCCUGAUCUCGCCGCCGGCGAAGGCACUGAUGGGAAGUCGCUCUUCGGUCAAACGACCAACGCCUCGGAGGUAUCUUCUAGCCCUCCGUGGUCACUAGAUAAGCCCCUUCCCGCCACCAUUGCAGAGAUGGCCCAGAGACUAGGUGAUAAAGGGUUGAGUAACCCGGAUGUUUAUGGGUUAACACUAGGUCCAUCCUUCAGCAGGUACCUCUCAUCGAUGACCUCUGCCUUGGCGACCCCGAACCUCCAGCCGCCUCAUCUGAGACAUUUUCAAUUACGAAGUGAGCACACAAGAGUUGGAAAGAUAGCUUCGUAUCGAUACUUUGCCCAAAAAGGCUGUUCGCCGACGCCUGGCCAAUCCAAUGGGACUGAACCGCUAGAAUCGUCUCAGAAAGAGGGCAGCGAUGAAGGCACGGGCAACAACCCCACGCGUCCAUCACCUGAAUCUUUCUAUGGCUUUGCUCCGGUCUCCGCUUCAGCAUUGACUAGUAAACCCGCAGCUACGUUUACUGACUUGUGCACAACGGGGGUGGCACAUCGGAAAUCGAAAGGUCGCCCGAAAAAGAAACAACCGACAAAGUCAGUCAAAACUCUCCCAGAGGCAGCGAGACUAAGUGAAGAGGUGCCCCAGACGCCACAGAACGAUAUCAAACCCCAGGACAACGGCACCCGCCAGCAGGAUUCUACUCCUCAGCAGGAGAGCGUUCUUCAGCUGGAAACGACCCUUCAUGAGACCAACACGCCCCACGCUACAUGCGAUACCGGCAAACUCGUCGUGACAUUAAAGGUUUCUGCUGAGGCAUUGAAGGAUCUGAUCGAACAACCAACCUUACCAAUUCCGCCUCAGGCGAGAAAAACCAGGACGCCACGGAAAAUCUCAGAGCUUGUGACAGAGAGUCCGAUUGGAGUGACGGUUGACACGAGUAUCGCUUCCGACAUAAGCCAACCUGCCCCGAAGAAACGUGGCCGUCCACGACGUGGAACCCAGGCAGCACGACCCAGCGAGCCUGCCCCUGAUGCUCGCCCUUGGACGUGCGAAAAAUGCGGUGGUACCUGGAAGAAUGAUAUUGGUCUGAAGUACCAUCUAGAAAAGUCAAGGACUCCUUGUAACCCCUCGUUCGACCCAUCUGAGCCGACGCCACGACGUGGACGAAAGCCGGCCAAUUUGGAGACGGGAGAUCCAGCUUCACCAAUGCCAGCACCCUCUGGAACUCCACGAAACAAUAGCGCGGUAGCAUCGGAUUCAGGCUCGAAGGAUCAAGAUGAAGAUGAAGAUUCAGAGGAGGAGCCAACCCCAAAGAAAUCUCAACCCCGGAAACGGCCAAUGGCCACACCAGGAUUAUCUUCACGGCCCUCCGUCAGCCUCACCGGAGGUCCGCUUCAAGCGGUUCCAGAAUGGCGACGUCCUCCAUCCAUGAACUUCGACUCGCCAAGCAAAACCUCGGUACCAAGCACCAAUGGCGGAGCUCUCGUGCAAAGUCAGGAUGGGCAGUUGCGUCCUGUCUUAGGAUUGAAUGGAGGUCCCAAAUCAAGAUCUGGUACUCCGAAAACCGCCCGGAAGAAACAUCCCGCAAAGGGGGACAAGCCAAAGAUAGAGGAGGCGCCGCCUAGGGCACCGGAACCAACGGAUGAACCUGGUAGUGAGUUCUUUGCAAACAUAGAGCCAGGAGGAAAACCAGCAAGAAAAUCAGCACCCUCGACCAUUGUCGACAGUCUGCUACCCAAGGUCACUUGGAAUAGUCGCAUCUCGGCGAUUGUCAAGGAGAUCCUAGAGGAGCAGGCCGGCGUUUUCCCUGGAGGGCGUGGGCUGUGGCAUGCCAUCACGACGCGGUGGGGAGAGAGGUUCCCAAGAGAGACACUUCCUACUGUCAAGGCCUCCCAAGCUGCGCUCCGAGAAAUGUUCAAGACUAAAGCCGCGGCCGAACAUUGGCACGCUUUCCGUGACAGCAAGGGGAUAUUUUCAAAGUGCCAGAUUAUUGUGCUGGGUGCCCAAGAUCCGUUUUCAGCAGAAGCUAUGCACUUGGUGGAGAUGAUCAAGGAAGCCUAUCCCCGGACAUACGUCCCACCUCCAUUCACGGCGCCUCCUGGCGUUGAGGCGGCGAAAGAAAGUCGCCGUGGACGUCGGAAGCUUGGGGAUGAAGUUGAGACCUUGAGCGCUCCAGUUUACGUUGCCCAAGUUGCUGCAAAGAGAGCUAUGAACGAAUUUGAUGUAGAUGGUGCUCUGACAUCUAAGCGUCGAAAAGCAAGGGCCACAGACAUCGCCUCUUCCCCGGGUAGCCCCCGAAAGAGAACGCACGUCAGCUGGGCUGGUGCCGAUCAGGAAGAUUACAUCCCACAGCCCAUGUGGUCGGGACCCUCUGGGUAUUUGUUGAACCAAGAACCGUUGGAAACGAUCCAGUUCCUUGAGCCGAACACAUAUCUGCACGAUGAAUCAGCGCGGGUUCGUAAGCGCCGUCGUCUUUCGAAGGACUCUGUUAGUGAAUGUCUGGACCCGCGAUUAGUCGCGGACAGCGAGCCGGUCUGUAUGACAUUUGACAAGGCAAUUUCAGUCCUUGGUUCUGUCGGUACAUGGCCAUAUAUCAGUACCGUCGAUUUUGAGACCCAAGAUGGCAGUUAUACGUUGAAGGGCUGGAUGCCAGACGCUACGUGGUUUUCUUGGGCAGCAAUAGUCGAGGAGAUUGAGAUCCGAACUGCCGCUUUUAGUGGUCUCAAACGUCAGCCCAGAACGUGUACCGGGCAGUAUUACCGAUUCUUGGACAGGCUGUUUGCUUGCAUAGAUGUGGAGCGCUCGUGGGCCCAGUCCUUUAUCAACGCUCAUCCCGGCGCAACAGGGCCUCACAAUAUCUUCGUCAGGUUCUUUAGUGGAAGAGGAAGUGAGAUGAUGUUGCCAUCGGAGCCCCUAACAUGGCCUGCAGAGUGGCAACUCACACCGGAAUCUUUCCAACUCUCUCCUCAACAUGAUGAGGUUUCUGAGGAUUCGUCGUCCAGUGAUGAAGAAGGCACAUUUGUCUGGCCUAAAUUCCGAAGGCGCUUGGUCGAGCCCACCAGACCUUAUGCGACUGGUCUUCAGCUUAACAAUCGACAAGACCAACUCCGGGCUAAGCGUGUUCAACUUGUGGCGAGGUCCUUGACAUCCUUGCCCCCAGGAGUAGGGAAAUCUAAGACUGUCGAGGACAGUACCGCAGGAAAGGAUGCAAUUGACGACCCGGACAAGCUGCUUGCCGCCUUCAUCGCUGUUCGCGUCCUUCUGGGAGGCUCCGAUAAAGCGAUUGACUGGGGCCUGUUGCUUAAAUUAUUCCCAGCAAUCGACCUUCACCAUCUCCGCCGGUUUUGGCUGUCUGCUCGCAAGGAACAGGGGGCCUACGUUGCGAAACUAACCCAAGAUUUCCAGGAAAAGUUCCUGGUUGCAUACGAGAAGGGCGAGCUGCCUGAAAUUGACUUCGAUGCGCCCCUGGAAUGCGACUGGCAGGCGAUCAUUGCGUGGACUAUGCAGCUCCCGCGUCAAGAGGGCGUCCAAAUCCCGUCCACUAGGGGCCUUUUGGACCAACAAUUUUCCUCCCAAGAUGUACCUGGCCCCGAUGAGGACUGGAGAGAGAAGUUCUUUCAUCCCCAAUCUUCCGUGUUUGCUCGCUUUGAGGCAGCGACUGCGAGGCCCGCCGCUCUUGCUGUGGGCAAGAUGCAAAGCGGGAACAGUCAGAUUGUCACGAUCACAGACCUCGAUGUCACUAGAUCUUGGAUCAGAUCACUUUGUUGCACAGAUGAGACUCAGUACUCGGUGCAGCAGAUCAAGGACAAGUUCUCCACGCUGGCGAAUGGCGAUGCAAACAGAAACAACAUGCUUCUAAAGCAGGCAAUUGAUGACUUGACUCGACAGCGUGUCAUAUGCAGAAGCAAAAAGCCACCCCUCGGUGGCAGACCGUAUCGACUGAACGAGUCGUACAUGUAUGUUUUGGGAAAGCUAGCUCAGCAGGCCAAGUACCAAGAGGCGGCUGCCUUCAAGGCCAAGCUUGACACCAUUUUCCGUCGUGGGGAGACAUUGAAGGUACCGUACACCCUUGACGACGGGUCCGUCAUGGCACUGACCAACUUGAACGCCUCUGAGAGGAUCAGGUUGGUGCCAGUUGGCGUUCCGCAUAUCCCGAUGGGUUUCGAGCCAGGCAACUAUGAAAGUCGGAAGUAUCCAAAGUCAUACUACCACUUCAACCUCGAAGCAGUCCCCACGGACAUGUAUCUAUACGACGAGGAUAUUGAGGUGCUCAAGACGGCCGCCGAGGCGGGGCCGCCGACUGAAGGUCCACAAGGUGAGCUGCCUCAGUGGAUCGACUUCUUUGGGAAGCGAGAUCUCAACCGGUGGAUGCACGUCCUGGGGGCAUUUUGUUUCAUCUACGCCACAAGAGGGCUCAUGACGAUUGAGGGCAUCUGCAGCGCUCUCAAGCCAAUCUUGGAGGAGUUCGAGGCACAGAUGAUCAUCAACUGGGGGAAGUCGACGGGUGUGCUGAAGGAUUCCGAGGAUGGGCUGGGGCCGAUGGUGGGAGAGUGGUGGUGGUUGGUGGUGGCAUGGCAGUCAAGAGCCCAGGCCGUGAGCAAGGUGUGA